AUGCCUUAUACAAGAGCUUCAAUUACACCUACAGAGGUCAAUGCCAUACCAAAUUUUGAUGGCAACCCCAUUGUUUUACCAAUUUUUAUCGAAUCUGUCGAAGAAUUUAUUAGAACUUAUUAUGAUACAGCAGAUCGAAAUAAUCCCAUAAAUUCUUUUAUAAUUAAAAUUAUCAAAGGUAAAUUUAUAGAUGAGGCACAAGCUUUAAUUGCUUCUCGAGAGCUCAGAACAUGGCAGGAAAUCAAAAUUUGUUUAAAUUUAAAUUAUUCCGAUCAAAGAACAGAAGAUUGUCUUUUAACAGACUUAAUGCACAUCACACCAAUUAAAGACGAAAAUCCAUAUAGCUUAGGAAACAGAAUUAGGGAAUCAUUAAACUUGUUAUUAACUAAAGUUAAAUUAGAAAAUCUAGACGAUACAUUAAAAUCAGACAUGUAUAAACAAACUGCUUUAAAAACUUAUUUGAGAAAUUUAAUGCAAAAUGAAAGUUUUGGCGAAACAAGUUAUAAUAAAAACCCUACAAGUUUAGAAGAAGCUAUGUCUUUCGUAUUAGAAAGACAAAAUUGGCUCUAUCUUUGUAAACAACCAUCCCAAUUAAAUUCUUUAAAUUCACCAAAAACAAUUCCAAAAAUUCCAGGAAAUUUAAGAAUGCAAUCACAAAAUCAAAAUCAAAAUUUUAAUUAUAAAAAGCCAUUAUUUAUUCCA